GUCUAGGUGCUCACUGGUUUGGAAAGUCCUGCUGAAAUGUAAUGAGCUUUGCGGUUGCCCCGGAGCUCACCGUGUCCCGGUCGUCGGAGAGGACUGACUCAUCCGCUGUAAAUGGACGCGAUACUGAACUACAGGCCGGAGGGCAGCCAGGACUACUACGCCUUGCUGGGAUGCGACGAGCUCUCCUCGGUUGAGCAAAUCUUGGCAGAAUUUAAGGUCAGAGCUCUGGAAUGUCACCCCGACAAGCAUCCUGAAAACUCUAAAGCCGUGGAGACUUUUCAGAAACUGCAGAAGGCGAAGGAGAUUCUGUGCAAUGCGGAGAGUCGAGCCCGCUAUGACCAUUGGCGGAGGAGCCAGAUGUCGAUGCCGUUCGAGCAGUGGGAAGCUUUGGCCGACUCAGUGAAAACUUCGAUGCAUUGGGCUGUCAGAAGUAAGAAAGACUUGAUGCUGGAAGGAAGUGGCCAGACUUUCGCCAGUACAGUUCCAAACAAGGAACGGAGUGAGCAGAGAGUAACUGAGAAAGGGGACCCAGAUUCAGCCCCAGAGAAAAUGAUGCAAAAGGAAUCUGAGUCCCCAGAGAAGGGCAUCUCUCCACAAGACCCAGACUCUCUAGGUCUCUCAGACUUGAACCGUGGCCAUCUUCGUUUCCGCUGGUCUGGCGAUGCUCCCUCGGAACUCUUGAGGAAGUUCAGAAACUAUGAAAUCUGAGGCAUUGCUGCUCUGUGAGGGAAGGCAGGCUAGGCCUUCGUCUGUGCUACCAAAGUGAAUCUUUGUCCGUAUCUUUAAAACGUUGUGUUUGUGAGCGGCUCAGAAUAGUCAAGUCCUCCAUCCUUGAACCCAUUCUUAAAAGUGUGCUUUGUGUUAGUUUGUGCUGGGGAUUGAACCCAGGACCUCCUAUAUGCUCUGUAUCAUUGAUUCUUACCUCCUACAUGUUGUUUAAGUGAGAAAAUUAUUGUAAGUUGUAGUUUAUUUCAAUAUUUGAGUCAACUAAGGCUCUUAGAUACACUUGUUUCUAAGAGUACACUUAGAUACUAUGUAGUUUGUAUUUCUAAGAGUACACUUAGAUACUACUUAGUUUGUAUUAUAUGUUUUUCCUGGUAAUGCUAUUUUGUAGAUAUCUGUUAAAAAAUCAUUCUGCAUUGGUGUCCUGUGAUCCCUAGCCGUACAAAAAUGUCUUCUGGAUUUUGGUUUAAAACAAAAUGUAUACUUACUUGUCUGAA